AUGGAGGACCCCCUGGCGAUACCUGCAGUGAACGGCGACCAAGGAAUGAAAGAGGAUCAGCUUAUACCUAUUGAGGACGACCCAAUCUUACUCAUGAAGGAUAAACCAGUGAGGGAUGGCGGGAACGUGAGCGAGAACCAGAGGCAGGAGGUGGAUGGUGAUGAAGUAAUCUCUCCCGUGGGUGUGGGUGAUGCAAAGAACCGUGGCUUGGAUGAUGCUCAUUUAAAAAGUGAUCAGAAGAGUGUGCCAGUCACUGCUACGACCGCCAGCGAGCACGUCUCAGCUCUCAGCGAGGACUUGUGUUCAGCCCUUGGUGGUCUUCGCAUCACAGUAGAGAACCCAGAACCCUCACCACUCCAGGAUAAGACUGAGGACACGCAGAGCCACCUGGAGGAAAACCAAGUAAAUGAAGCUGAGAAGCAAGACAGUGUAGCAACAAACCUUCAGGAGGACUUAGCAGCUCCCCUCACGCCCCCGGGGACUGACGAGGAGGUGACGAAGGACGCAGAGGAGGAGACCAAGGAGAAGAACCAGCAGGAAGAGAAGCAGGUGGUAAAUGUUGAGGAGAAACAAGACAUAGAGGUGAAUUAUGAUGAUUACGUGGAAAAUGUAGACAGUGAGAGCACGCCGGUGACAGUGACUGAAAAUCUGGUGGUGGAAGAAGUGAGCAGUGAACUCAGUGAACAGGUGGAAGUGGAGCAGGUGAUAACAGUGGCGGAACUUGAUAAGGAUGGGGUGAAUGACACGGAAACAAACCAGAGCGACGUGAUAACAGAAGAUAACCAAAUAGAAGUGAAGAACAACGCAGACAACACGGAAGAUAACCAAGCGAAAACGGAAGACACUGAAACUGAGAGGAUAGAAAACGAGAUGAACAUCGAUACUCAAGAAAACGAGGAAGCGACUAACCAAACUGAAACAAAAGACGAACUAAGCAAUAAGGAACAGGAGAGCAACCACGUAGCAGAACUAAAGAACCACAAGAACAAUACGAGGGAAGAGGAGCAUGACGAGGAGGAACAGACCUCACCUGAACCCCGCGGCCGCCUCUCGUCAGCUGGCCUGGGCAAGAACCGCACCAGCUGGCUCUACGCUCACAUGCUGAACGAGACACAGAGCGACGAGGAAGACGAGACAGAGAAAACAGAGCAGGAGGCAGAGACAGCAGCAGAAGUAGAGAAAGUUGAUAAAGCCACAGAGGAGAAAGAUGAUUCCGCUGAACACGACACGAAGAAAGAUGAGGAGAUGACGGAGAAGAUAAAGACGGGAGAAGAAAAGAAAGAUGAAGAAAAAGGAGAGGCAAAGGAUGAUGUAGCUGAAGAAACGAAGGAAGAAAAACCAGAAACAGACACACAGGAACCAAUAACAGAGACUUUGCUCAAACUAGACACAGACAAACAGGAAGAACAAACGGAGACAAUAGAACAGCAAGAAUUAACAGGCACCACGAAGCAACAGGAGACGCCGGCAACAGAUCAACAGACCGUCACCGUAGCAGCUGCAGACAAACAGGAGGAUCAAAUUGAGAAGCAUGAAACACAGCAGUCACGGAGAAGGAACCAGAACAAGUAA